GUGAUUAACCAAAUUUCGCAAGGCAUGUCGCGGGAAGAGAACAUCACAUUGGGAAGGAUUUGAAGUGAGAUAGAUUGGAUAAAAUAUCUUCGACGCUGUUGCGUAGAAAAGUAAAACAAGCAUGAGUGGAAGAACACAGGACGUUCGCAAGAAGUUUUAUAAGAAUAAAGACAAGGAUACGGAGUCUUUAAGGCAGAGAAGAAAUGAAGUGUCUGUGGUUCUAAGAAAGGAAAAGAGAGAUGAAGCUUUACAAAAAAAGAGACUUGCUCCAUCACAAGCAGAAGAUGAUAAAGAUGAAAAGAUGCAGAAUUACUCACUUGAAAGCAUAGUUGCGACACUGCUUCAAGGACAAAAUGAAAAGAUGGGAGGAGAAUUUGAGUCUGCAAAACGGCUAGGAGCAGUCCAGGCUGCCAGAAAACUACUAUCAAGGGACAGGAACCCACCAAUCAAUGAUCUCAUUGAGUCUGGUAUUCUUCCCAUCCUUGUCGAAUGUCUUCAGUGUGAUCAGAAUCCACAGCUGCAGUUUGAAGCAGCUUGGGCACUGACAAACAUCGCAUCUGGAACUUCACAGCAGACCCAAGCUGUUGUGCAAGCAGGUGCUGUUCCUCAUUUCAUGCGCCUCCUCAGCUCACAACAUUCAAACGUUUGCGAGCAGGCUGUCUGGGCCUUGGGAAACAUUAUCGGCGAUGGUCCUGGUCUGCGUGAUUUCGUAAUCAGCCAUGGCGUCGUUGGCCCAUUGCUCAAAUUCAUUGAUCAAAAUACUCCAAUUUCUUUCCUUCGAAAUGUCACGUGGGUCAUCGUGAACCUCUGUCGAAACAAGGAGCCUCCACCUCAAAUGGAGACAAUCUCGCGGUUGCUCCCGGCAUUGGCAUUCCUGAUUUUCCACACAGACACUGAUAUAUUGGUGGACAGUGUCUGGGCACUUUCGUAUUUGACCGACUGCGGAAACAGUCACAUACAGGCAGUGAUUCAAGCUGGUGUUGUCCCGGUUCUAGUUCGUUUCUUAAGUCAUACCGAAAUAAAACUUCAAACGGCAGCGCUGAGGGCCGUUGGCAACAUUGUCACGGGCACAGAUGAACAGACACAGGUUGUCCUUGACAACGGUGCACUUGAACAUUUUCCUGCUCUACUACAGCACCCAAAGGAGAAAAUAAAGAAAGAGGCGGUUUGGUUCUUAUCGAAUAUAACAGCGGGUAAUCAAGAUCAAGUGCAGCUAGUGAUAGAGGCUGCCUUGAUACCGUUGAUAAUAAAAGCUCUUGAGGUUUGUGAAUUUGCAACGCAAAAGGAGGCUGCCUGGGCGAUUAGCAAUCUGACAGUCAGUGGCACGCCUGCGCAGGUUAAUUAUAUGGUUAGUUGUGGUGCCUUGCCCCCGUUCUGCAAGCUUUUACAAGUAAAGGAUACUCAGGUUGUUCAAGUUGUUCUCGACGGUAUUGGUAACAUAUUAAAGAUGGCUGGUGAUGACGUAGACAAGAUUACAUUAAUGAUCGAAGAAUGUGGAGGCUUAGAUCUAAUCGAGAAACUUCAAGAACAUGAGAAUCCUGAUAUUUACAAGCUGUCUUACGAGAUAAUCGAGCAUUAUUUUGCUGAUGGUGAAACCGAGGAUGCUUCGCUUGCCCCUGCGGAGGUAGACGGCGAGUUUCAGUUCGAGGCUAAACAGGACAUGCCUGUAGAUGGCUUCAAAUUAUGAAAUAGCUUACAGACAUUAGACGCACAUUGACGACGUAUGACGGAGCUGAUUGUACGAUUUGUCAAGACAGUUGAUGUUCAUUUACAAAUCGUACUUAGAUGUUCUAGAGCCUCUGCGUAGCGAUGUCUUGGCAGUCAUACGCGCAGGAACAGCAGGAACAACAAUAGCAACUACCGACGAAUCAGGACAUAACACACUGCAAAAGUAGGAAGAUACCUGAGAGUGCGUGUGAUGCUGAAGUGGAGAACCCCCGUCCGUCCCCUUACAAAGUGGACUAUCGCCGUGCAGGACGGAUCAACAACCUUCACCCAAGCUGAAACUGAACAUUUAUUUAGUGUUUUAAUGAAUCUUAUCCAACAGAAAUGACAUCAUCUAAUCAAGGGCUUUCAACCUGCGAAUGUAGAUAGAGCAAAAUUAUUCUAGUUAUAUCUUAUGAGAGAACCUUGCAAAUCCUGCCUUUUUGUAGAUAUCGGCAUAUAUAUGCCAUACGCAGAGAGCCAUGAAUGAGAUGACGUCAUGACUGUGUUUAUGGGUGGAAAGUUUGAAUGAGAAUGUGGAAGUUUAAGACUUAAUUAGAUUUGUAAAUUACGGACAGUUUUUACAUAUUUUGACAAAACAAGGACAGUAACGAAAAUUAUUUUAGUAAUAUGUUUUGAUUUUGUAAGCAAUUUUAAUUUGGUAAAUUUAAACUUUUAAAUCUGUGUUCUUUUCGUUGAUGCUAAUUUUACGUUUUAUUAUUUUGCUUGAGUAGAUUUAUCGCAAAUGGAAUUGCUUGCCACGUAAA